AUGACCGCCUCAAGUUCCUCUCCUGCCAGACCACCCUUCCCGACCAUAGCAACAAAGGCCUCCUCCACCGCUCAGUCGUCUCAACUGACUGCUGUCGCUGACAGCAAGGCCACUUCAGGCCCUCGGUCCACCUCUCGAGCCCCCCCGAUCGCCACCAGAGCCCGUCAAGAUGCUGUGGCUCCAGACCCUACCUCGGAAAGAGCAACUUUGUCCUUGAUCAGAAGGACUUUGGUGGCAGAUGGAAGUCAUGGAUCGGAUCGGAGAGUGUCACCGGCACCAAUUGAGGGCGACCUACCGCCACUUACCAGUUCCAAUGAGGUAGAUGUCCAGCUUUAUGCAGUCGUUGCCAUAGUCAUUAAGGACUUUGUCAACUCCUGGUACUCCAAGAUCACGCCGGACAGAGCAUUUGUGGAUGAGGUCAUUCAGAUUAUUGCUCAUUGCAGUCGCGCGCUGGAACAGAGGAUACGGCAGAUUGACAUCACGGAAUUGAUACUGGACGAGCUGCCUGUGGUGGUUGAGAGACAUAUUGCUGCCUACAGGACGGCCACUACUGCUCAGGCUACUCUACAAUACGGCGAAAAUCCCCGACGAGUCUAUCACGCCCUAAACCCCCAUCCAGCCCUCGACCCUUCUCUCCCGCCGGAGCAGCAACGAGCCCACGAGUCUGCCUACCGACAACUUCUUGUUCAGGGGGCAUUGGCCGUCCUCCUACCAACCGAAGACCUGGCAAACGCAUGUCUCAGAACACUGGUGAGCGAUAUCAUCUCCGACCUCAUCCUCGGACAGGCACUGGCGCAGAAACUCUGUGAGCCGUGGUUCCUGCACGGGACUGUCUCAAGGGUUGUGGAGAUAGUGACAUCGCCUCCAACGCAUGCGUCUCCUGCCAAUGCCGUCGAUGACCAGAAAAUCCUUCAGCCAGAUGGCCGCCAAAGCCGGCUGGAGCAGUUUGGCCUAUUAACUUCCAAUACGGCCACUUCAGAGAGUUAUUCGUCAGACCGGCACCAAUCAUCUCUUAGUGCGUGGUUCUGGAGACUGCUUCAGUACGCCUUCAUCGCAUAUCAGUUGGUGCGGUUCAUCCUCGUCGGCCUGGCUUACGCGCACCAUCUACCCCGGAGACUCCGGCAUCAUCAUCACCUUCUCCUCGACGGCUCCACUUCAUCGCCGUCCAAACACAAGUUGCCCGUCUCGUCGACAGGGCAAAUAUCGGACCCCGAUCAUCGAUCCCCGCGAGCAGUGAUCCAUUACAGGCUUUUCUCCUGCAUGUCUACCAUGCUCGAUUUGACCGUCCGCAUGCCUUGGCUGGCAGGCUCGUUAGGGUUCUGGCAGCACAUUCUGAGCGCGGGCCCGGGCAAGUACGGUGCUGCAAAUUCCACACUGGACAAGUAA